UUUUGAUUGACUGACAUUUUUGUAAUCAAUCAAUUUACAACAGUUCUAUAAUCAAGCUUACACCUGGAAAUGAAUGAACUAAGAAAAAACAACUGUGACUGUUCAAAGUUUGCAAAUGACACACAUCUUGGAAAGUCACUUUUACUGCCAAACCUGUUUUUUCCACAUCAUAAUUAUCCAUAAACACAGUUACUCUCUCAGCUCUGGAUGCAGUAAGCCAUGCAAACUCUUCCAAAUGUUUAAAAGUCAUGAAGUGGGUUUCAGCAAAGCCAUCAACUGGAACUGAUCCUGCAAAACUCAUGCAGUGCAAAUACAACCCGUUGUAUAAUUAACAUAGCUGGCUCAGACACAAAGCCCCUGGCAGGAAAUUUGCAUUAUCAUAUUCCUCUGCAUGUGUUUCUCCUUAGUCUGUCAGGCAGACUGUAGACAACAUUUGUUUUCAGUAAUAUAUGUUCCAUUUUGCAGAGAUCCAUGAAGCCCUGACUCACCAACAAUUGGAAUAUUUAAUUGUAAAUCUUGACACACAUUAUAAAUGACGAUUGUGUUGUAAUGGAAAUGGUUCAGUUUUUCACACAUGAUUAAUUGUAUCUUUAAACUUUAUUGACAUUUCUAGCACAUUGAAUAAGUGUUUGGUUACUCACUUUACAGGAGCCUGUAAAAAGACAGAUGUCUACCGUUGGUCUAACUGCUUCACUAAAUCCUUAUCAGAUGGACUAAUUCUUGAUUUUAUCACAAACCUUUUUAAAGGGUUGCUGGUUGGCCAUAGAAGUAGAGAGGCUGAGUGUAAGCACAUUCUUAGUGUAUAGGUUACAAGCUGGCUGUCCUUUUGCUUAACAGACUGAUUUGCAUGCCAAGUAAUUGUAAGGUCAGUUGCCUUUGCAGUCUGACAGCAAAUUUCAUUGUAAUCUCAGAGACAGGAUAUUUGUCUUUUUCAGUUUACUAUGUGCUCAAAAAGCCAUUUUUAUCCUUGCUAAAAAGCCUUUUACUUCAAGAACAGGGAUUAGGCACAUCUGUGAAUAGCUAGACAUGCUGUCAUUAAAAGAUAAAGGCAUGGAGAACAGUAUGCAAAGAAGAGAAGUCUGUUUAGGCUGACCAGCCGACCAGCCAAGCUUGUUAGGACAGUACAGUGACUGAUGCAAACAUGUGUCCAUUCAUCUAGUUAGUAAUUUGUCUUUGACAUACAGUUCCUAAAUGUGUGGGACUAAUGUCUGGAUUUGUAAUUGAUCGUACAAGAUUACAAACAUGUGUAGAAGAAUGAUCACUGUUCACAAACGCACCUUAGCAAACGCAGGAUGAGCUCUAAUGGGAUUGCAUGGCUGAUCAAGUGUUGCUCCUAUCCUCACACAACUCAACUAAGAUUAUCCCGCUGCAUUCAAGCCUUUGCCGUCAUCACUGGAAAUUAGCGCAAUCUCAUGCUGGCAUGUUGAAAGGUCACCAGUCCCGACACUAGCUAGCUUCUACAAAAACAAUUUGCCUGGCAAGUGUGCAGUAAAAUCACCCCAGAUUAAGCCUGACCUCCCUCUCAUAAUGUCAUUACAUCUCGUGUCUGCAGACAAUGUUUUGUACUUAAGUACAGUGCGUCAUCUUUGUGCUGGAUACUUUAGCAGUAGAGCCCGAACAACGUUCCUUCCCUCCUAACAAUGUAAGAUGAGUUACUCAUCACAAUCCUCAUAAUUUACCAUAAAAUAGAAAUACAUUAAGUAUCUAAUAGUCAAUUACACUUACUGUACUGCACUUAAUUUAUUGGGCACAGAAUUCCCAUCAGGACUACUUUGACAACACCCUCUAUGCUCUAUGCCAACUUCAUAGCAUCUUGCAGUUCCCCUAGAUUUUUCAGCCAAAUAUUAAUGAUGCUCCACUUCAUCUCAAAAGUGUUUGAGUAAAUUGACGCCAUUGAGUUCAUGGAGCUGCCUUCAACCUGCUUCAACUACUGGAACUAUUUGAAAUAAAUUUAAAUGUGGCCAUGACAAGACCCGCGUGCCCAGAAAUAAUGCUUAAAUACGCUGUGGCAUUCAAAUAAUCUGAGAUCUAAUGUGUCCCAAAAAAACACUCUGCAUAAUUCCUCCACCUCCACUAGUCUAUCUGUUUGACACAAGGCAGGAUAGUCCAUGUAUACAUUUGCACCAAAUCUGACCCAAGAUUCAUCAGACCAAGGCAAUAUCCUCCCAUUUUUAAAUUGGUGUAUCCACUUGAAUAUCCAGUGAGUUGUGCAUUUGGAGGCAAUUGUCUGUACAUUACAAUUAUACUGAGCUGUAUUUGUGUACUUUUUGUUUAUCCCACGUUCUCUGUUGACUCCAAACACUGUAAGACUGUAUAAUUCGCAUAAAGCAGAUUAAUGAAUCCUGAUCGCGCUAUGGACAGCAUUAGUACAAAAUUAGCACAAAGGUCGGCAAAGGACUCUAAGGGAUUUGUGAGUGGAGUUAAAAAGAGAUCAAGCAUGCCAACCAAGGGACGAAGGGUUGUACAUGUGGAAGUCAGCAAACAAAGCACACAUAGGCUUGCAUUAGCCUGUUUCUAAGUGGGCCAUGUCUCAAGUGCUGAAAAGUCUUACCACACGAUACACCACCAUGGGAUUAUGACCUUUGAUCCUGGGAGAAUCUAAUUGGCCAAGAGAAGCUUUGGUGUCAUCAUGAUUGACAGGCUGGCACACGGUGAAUGAAAAAAUGAGUGGUACAAAUACAGGGAAGUGAGAGGUACAGCCUCAUCAUUUGGGACUACGCUUGAUAACUUGCUGAGGAAGGACAUAGACAAGAGGGAACUUACAGAGUUUAAGGUUGGGCAGUGAAAUGGCACUUCUCCUGAGCCUUCUCUGCAUCUUGUGCCUGGUUGGGCCACUUCUCGGCCAGGACAUGCCUUAUGAGGAAUAUAUGGCCCAGAUCCAAGCCUGCCCUAAAGAGUGUAGCUGCCCCCCAAACUUCCCUCGUGCUGUCUACUGUGACAAUAAGGGCCUGAAGAGCAUCCCCAAAAUCCCUCCAUACACAUGGUAUCUCUACCUGCAGAACAAUCUAAUUGAAGUGCUGUCAGCCGAUGCCCUGCGUAAUGCCACAUCGCUGCGCUGGCUGAACAUAAACCGCAACAAAAUUACUAGUGAGGGAGUGGAAGAAGGUGUCCUAAAUGCAAUGUCUCACCUGGCGCACCUCUACAUGGAUGACAACCUCUUGUCUUCUGUGCCAUCUACCCUGCCAGCCAGCCUGGAGCAUCUACGUCUGUCUCGCAAUCGCAUCUCCAAGAUCCCUGCUGGGGUCUUCAUUGGUCUGGAUAAGCUUUACCUCUUGGACCUCCAGGGGAACAAGCUGAUGGAUGAUGCUGUGACUGAGGUGAGCCUGAAGGGUCUAAACAACCUGGUACAGAUCAAUCUGGCCAAGAACCAGCUGAGUAGCAUGCCUCUUGGCUUACCACCCACCACCACCCAGCUUUUCCUUGAUGGCAACAACAUUGAGAAGAUCCCAGCUGGCUAUUUCAAAGGUUUGCCAAAAGUAGCAUUUCUGAGGCUCAACCACAACAAGCUUGGCAGUAGUGGAGUUCCCAAAAAUGUGUUUAAUAUCUCCAGCAUUUUGGACUUGCAGCUGUCCCACAACCAGCUGACUGAGGUUCCCCUCAUUCCCUCUGGCCUUGAACACCUUCACCUGGACCACAACAAUAUCAAAAGUGUAAGUGGCUCCAACGUCUGUCCUGUCGCUGUCGAUGCUGUGGACGACUCUGUCAACGAAAGUGUUCCUCGACUGCGUUACCUUAGACUUGAUGGCAAUGAGAUUAAGCCACCAAUUCCCAGGGAUGUCAUUCUGUGCUUCCGUCUCCUGAGGUCCAUUGUCAUCUAAAAAAAAUCAUCAGCAUGUUGUAGGUUAAUUCUAAUUCACCACAAAUGAUGACUUGAUAAUGUGGAUGCUGAUCUAAUAAAUUACAUCUGUGCAUCCAUGCAACAAAAAUGGUGACAUGAAAUAUUUGCAUGUUCAACUUAAAUAUUUGACACUAGUUGGCAUCAACUUGUAUUGCUGUGACUUAAGGAAAGGUUCAUUUCAGUUCCAGAAGACAUUGAUUUUUCAGUGGAAUUUGAAUAAAAUCUAAAAGAAAGUACAUAACUAACAAGGAACUGAUGGGUUAGAAGCUUUAUUGAGUCUGUAAUCUGUUGACCACUAGUUGUGCCUUAUGUUGGUAUAAACAUCUGCAUGUACAAUGAAAACUGGAUUAUAAUUUAGCAUGACAGUGAUUUAGAUGGAUAGGAGGACAAUAUAUAUUAAUGCCAUGUGGAUAUCUUUGAGGACUCAUUGUCAUUAUGCUUCUUUGAGCAGGAGGCAAAGCUUAUGAAUGUGUGGGCAAAAUAUGACAUUCAUUUUUCCUAUUGUUUCAGGAAAACCUUUGCUUUAUAUAUGUAGACUUGAAACCAAAUUAAUGGUUUUGUGUUCUAGGUUUGUGGACUUAUUUACUUUUUAAAAUCUAUUACUCUAUUCUACAAAUAUGCAUAUUUACUGAAGGUAAUUUAUUUUUAUUUAAUAUUGGAGAAAAAUAAGUAGAAACCUGACAAUCCUGUGAAUAUCCAUGGCCAAUAUUCCUUAAUGUUUUGUAUACAAAAGAAAUGUGAUAACUGUUUUUAAAAAAUGCCAACACACUUUUUAAUUCUGGUCAUUAUUUCUCUAAAUAAAUUGAUCAAGAGAUUUAAUUUUAAUUGUCUUUAAUUUGAAUAAAACUUCUGAAAAUGAA